AUGAUACUGACAUUACUGAUAACAAUGAUAACGACGACAAUCGAUCCGGAAUAUGUUUUCUCACCGAAAAAUGCACAAUGGCGCUACGAGAAAAAGAUCCUAAGUGAGCAUUGGCCUUUAAAUGAGCAGGAAUUUUGGCCUGGAAAAAGUUACGACUAUGCAGGAUAUGUUGAUAUUAUAGCUGCCGGAAUAAAACAUCCAAAAUUUGGACGACCAAACAUGUUAGUGAUGAAGUAUUUGGAUGAGUUAGAACGGAUCAAUCAGUAUAUUAUUCAUAAUAUUACAAUAUCAGUAAUACAUAAUGAUAUGGUAUAUGAAGUUGGUUUUACCGAUUUGUGUAUGUCAUAUAAUUGGAAAUGUUUUAUGAACGAGCAUGUGACAAUGCUUAUGCCUAAAGAACGAUGGGGAAAUUUUGGUCCAAAAUUAGCUGAAUUCACCAAUGAUAUCAUCGCUAAAGAGGUUAAAAUAACUUAUCCGAUCGGUUGGCGUGGAACUGAACCAAUCUAUUUUGGUGCAUUAAUUGGUGCACCACAUAUCAUUGAUGAAGAAGGUCAUUUCAAUUUUGUGCGAGCUGUUCGACUGACCUAUAAUGUUCGUGAUGAAAAAGUUGGUAAUAUCAGUUAUUUGUGGCGUAAGAAAGUUGUCGAUUUCUUGUCUAACGUCAAGAAUCCGCCAUCCGACAUUCUGGAAUUCGGUAUGUUCCAUAACGAAAGUUUACCGGAAGGUUUACAAGAAGUUGCCGAUUCAUUAUCACCAAAAUUUGCAAUAACUUGCAUUGUUCUAUUUUCACUUUGCGCAUUAAGCGCAAUUGUUUUGUACAGACACGAUGAUGGCUUUGUUGCAAUCGAUUGGGUACGUAGCAAACCGGCAAUUGCAUUAGCCGGUAAGAUUUAUUCUCGUUUAUCAUCCGUUUUUUAA